AUGCCUGUUCUCAACUCAUCAUCAACUCAUCAAAAUCAAAAUGAAAAAUCUAAUCCUAAUCCUCAAAUCCCAUCUUCACUUAAUCUUCCAAAUGAUCCAAAUCAAUCUCAUUCUAAUAAUUUAGAUGGUCCAUCAAAUAGAGUAGAUUUAAUCAAUUCUGAACACGGUAGGAUACUUUGUAUUGCAGACAUUAGAGGUAGAAUCUCUCAAAUUAAUCAAUUGGCAAAAGAAUUCAAUGCGAUUGCUGUCAUUCAUUCUGGUGACUUUGGAUUCUAUGAAUCUACUUCACUGGAACGUAUUUCUGAUCGAACACUUCGUCACUUGAUUCAAUAUUCAUCUCUUAUCACGCCUCAAUUCCGAUCACAAUUACUUGCACCCAACAUGAACGUUCAUUCGAUUAGACAAAUGAUCCUUACACCACCCAAUCCAUCCAUUAAUAUUCCAAUUGGAGAAUCUUCUGAUGGAGCUCCACCUGCUUUUCCAUUAUCUGAAUUCCCUGAUCUUUUAUCUGGAAAACUUAAGCUGAAUGUACCGGUUUAUACAGUUUGGGGUGCUUGUGAAGAUGUAGCGAUUUUAGAAAAGAUUCGUGCUGCUGGUCCUUCUCCCCUCAAGGUUCCCAAUUCCAAUGCAAAGACACUUGAUCCCAAGACUUCACUUUCACCUUAUUCGAUUCCCAACUUAACUGUUCUAGAUGAAGCUACUACACGUUGUUUAGUCAUCGGCGGUGUUCGUCUUCGACUCUUUGGGCUGGGUGGUGCUAUUGUUCCUCAUAAGUUAUUUGAUAAUGGGGAAGGUGGUGCGACGAUAGCAGGGGGUCAAGGUACGAUGUGGACAAGUGUGUUACAGAUUGGUGAAGUCGUAGAUACUGCUCAAAGGGUUUACGAUCCAACCGAAACAAGAUUACUCAUCUCACAUGCUAGUCCGGGUCGAGAAGGUUUAUUGGCUCAAUUAGCUCUUGUUUUAAAAGCUGAUCUUUCAAUUUCUGCUGGUUUACAUUUUCGAUACGGUGUCAGUUAUAAUGAAUUCAGCGUUCAACACGAUCAGGAAGCUUUCCGUGGUAAGCUACAUCAUGCGAAAUCAACUUUUACUGAAAUCUGGGACACCGUCAAAGGUCAAGUAGAAGCUGUUAUCGAUGUAUCAUUGUACUUACGCCAGCAAAACUCCAGUGAACAUCAACGCCAGUUACUCUCCAAUGCUCUUGCUGUAGCAAAUCGUGUUCCAGCUCCUACACCACUAGGUGGUGGUGCUCCCACAGAGGAACCAGCAUGGAAGAACUCUUGGAAUUGGAACUUACCUGAUGCUGCCUUUGGUAGUUUGAUCCUGGACAUCAAGGAAGGUCGGAUUGGAGCCGAGAUGAGAAGUCAAGGUUUUAACUUUGCAUAUCGUGCUGCUUCACAGCAAAAACCACCCAGCACAUCAACAACAGGACCGAAUAGUAGUGUUCCAGCUACCAAUCCUCCUUCAGCGCUCUCCAAUCCACAUUCUCAAAGCACUCAAUCUCCAGUUACUCAUCUUCCAAACCAAACUCAUUCUCGUAAACCAGGCUCCGAAGGUCAAAACCACAACACACGUAAUCCAUCUCCAGGUGUGAAAGCAGAAACUAGUCAAGAGAAUAAUGGACCAGCUUCAACUAGUCAUAGUCAUCAUUCUAGUGUCACUGGAGGUCCGAAGUCACAUCUCACGCAAGGUUCAGCAUCUAGUUCGAAUGCAGCUUCAUCAGGACCUAGAAACAACUCAUCCCAACCAAUUCAUCGAUCAUUAAAGUCACGCGAUGAUCCUUCUAUCACUCAUUCAUCACGUCCUUCUUUAACCUCAUCAGCCGGUGGGGCCAACACUUCCAAACCUGAAACCCACGAUACUAAGAAUGAAACAAUUAGGAACGCGAGUAAUCCUACUAACAAUUCAACUACAACUAACGGAGUAUCUCCCAAACCUGUCUCGCAAGCUACUACACCCAACCAACCAAAAAUAAACACUUCAAAUGAGUCAAAAGAAAUUGACACUUCAGAUCGAGCUCCAUCAGGUAACUCUACACCUUCUGGAAUUUCACCUGUGGCUUCUCGUAAAUCAUCAUUUCCUAAUAGUCGAAAAAAGAAAGGAUCAUUACCUACAAGUGGAGCUACUAGUGUGAAGAGUGAUACAGAUCGUAGUGUUCCUGAUAAAAAUGAUAAUGAUGGACCUACUUCGGGUGGAACGAAUGAUAAGACUAGCCAUAAUGACAGUAAACCGAAAGGAGACACAAGCACGGAAGCGAAUAAUGAGAAAUCAUCUAAACCGACUAAUAACCAUCACCAAAAUGAACCAAGACAAAAUCCAACUCAGAACAACAACAAUGGUGGUGAGAGCAGUGGGAAUCAAGGAAAUUAUAAACCAAAUUAUCCAACAGGUUCUAUGAGAGGUAGAGGAGGACCUAAUCAAAGAAAUGGUAGAGGAGGAGGACGUGGAGGAAGAGGUGGAAGGGGUGGAUUUGAUGGACCACCUAGACCAUCUGGUCCUGGAUUAGUUGGACCUGCGUUAGCAGGAGCAGGAAUUGGUAGUAAUAAUCGAAGUGCUAGUAAUAGUAAUCAACCAAGUGGACAAUAA